UUUCUUCAUACGAUGUAGUGAAGUUGAAUAAAGGAAAUAUUAAUAAUUUUUGAUAGCACUCGAUUCCAAAGGGCAACUAAAACAAUUAUUAAACUAUUAAAAGCAUAUAUGACAAAACUAGAAAUUACAUGAGAUGUCAUCAUUCUAUUCAAUUGCGUCAAAGCAAAUUAGAUUCACGUUAGACAAAGUUAUGACAGGUUAGGGUUUCAUUCAAGCAAUAAUAUUAUAAUUUACAAUAAAACAACUAAGAAUUGGGAAAAAUGUUGGAAGGGCUUGCUGCUUGGAUUUUAAACACUUAUUUAGGAAAAUAUGUUGAUCUGAACACAGAUCAACUUAGUAUAGCCCUACUGUCAGGUAAAGUCGAACUCGAAAAUCUUCCCUUGAAAAAAGAUGCAUUGCGACAUUUGGGAUUACCUGUAGAAAUAAAAGCUGGUUUUAUUGGGAAAAUCAAACUACAAAUACCAGUCAGCCAAAUCCGAUCAGCACCAUGGGUUAUUGCUAUCGAACAAUUAUAUUUAGUAGCCAGUCCUUUACCUAUAUCAGAGUGGGAUAAUGAAGCAGAGGAAAAUGCAAGACAAGAAAUUAAAUUAACAGCUUUGGAUAAAAUGGAGGCCCAUUGGAGACUUGAAAAUGAUACUAAAGACAUAAACACAUACUAUUCAACUACAUAUUCUUCUUGGAUCAAUUUUGGAGCUGGAGUUAUUUCAGAUAUUAUAGAAAAUAUACAAUUAAAUAUUGAAGAUGUUCAUAUUAGAUAUGAAGAUAACAUAAGUGUAAAUAACAAAUCAGUGGCUUUUGGUGUAACAAUAGAUUCCUUAUCCGCUCAAAGCUGUGAUGCAAAUUGGAGCCCCAGGUUUUGCCAUUUAGAAAAGGAGGGAGAAUCCUUCAAGUUGUUAGAAAUGCAAAAAUUUGGUAUUUAUUGGGAAGAUUUAGCACCAGAAAGAAUGUUGGCACAUUUAUCGUUAGCAGAUUUAGCAAUAGCAAUGUCUCCAUUUGCAACCUUAAAAAAUAUAAAGAAUUUCAUUCUUCCACCUGUAUCAACACAAGCUCACAUCAAAAAUAAUCACAGUGAACAACCUUUGAGGUCAACAGACACUCCAAGAUUCGCUUGUGAUCUAGUUUUAGACGAUGUACCCAUCACAUUAAUCGAUUGGCAAUAUGAUCAAGUCGUCAAGUGCAUUCAAGGUCUCGAUGACCUUGCCAAGUAUAGGAGGUACCGUAUUUAUCAGCCCUCAAAAACUGUAAAAGAAGAUCCCCGCUCUUGGUGGAUUUAUGCAAUAAAUUGUUUAUAUCCAGGAGGGCCCCCAAGGAUAUGCAAACCGAAACCUACUUGGGAAUCUUGCCUGAACAUUGCAAGAGAAAAUGUACUUUACGUCAAGAUAUAUAACAAAAUUUUAAUAAGUCCCACAGUAGCCUUGAGUUCUGAGGAUAAAAAAUUCAAGGAUAAAGUCGAAAAGAGUCGAGAAUUUGAGGAACUGAAGGUUUUGAGAGAGAUUGCCAUGAAGACUGUAAAACUUCCCAAACUCAAAAGUAGCACAAAUAAUUCAGCGGGACGUAGCAUGUUGGAGAAUUGGUUUCCAGGUUGGAUAGGUUGGUAUUCUUCUGCACCACCUGAAAACGAAACAUCCGAAACGUCUUCACCAGAGGUCAAACAGCUCGAAGGAGAGAUCCUACAGGUUCUUUCCGAUUCGGUCGAGAACAACACCAUAUUCAAAAGAGAUGCGGUUUUCGGAAAGUUCAAUUUUUGUCUCAAGAAAGGCAGCGUAAAUCUUUGCACCACAAUGGAUGGAGAAAUUUCACCAAUGCUCGAAUUAGAGUUUAAAAAUUUAUCAUUGAAUAUAGUGAGUAAACCACGAACUCAAGCACACUUGGUGGAACUUUCCCUUGGGGCUUUGUAUUUGAAGGAUAAAAUAACUCAAAAUUCACUGUUUUCUGUACUCGUUGGUCCUCCUGGCCUCGAAAGAGGUUAUGUCAAUCGAUCUAGGGGACCUCAAAGUCCAAGAGUUAGUGUGGUGAAUCAGCUGGAUCCCUACAAUGAAUGUUUAUUCUAUAUAGCCUAUGAGAAAAAACCUUCGAAUUCGACUGCUGAUUAUCGGUUGUGUAUCCAGUCAAAAUGCUUGGAUAUUGUUUACCAACCUAGUGCAAUAAAGUGGCUGAUCGAAUUUUUAUGUUUACCUCACAAGAAGAACAUCACUCAGUCUAGGAUCGAGGCUAUGAAGAGUAGGACUAAAAAGGAACUAAUGAAGAAUUGGGAACAAAUUUUGGGAGGCAGAAUGGUUGACAGAACCACUUGGGACCUUCAGUUUGAUAUAUCAGCUCCGCAAAUAUUUUUCGUUGAGAAUUUCUGUGAUCAAGGGGCUUCUAUGGCUGUGAUAGAUUUUGGAAGACUGCAAUUAAAAAACAACACUGAAUUUUCUGUGGUGGAAGAUGAACAAAAUAUCAGUAAAGCUAGCGAAGAAGAAGAAACGUUUUUGACGCCUUGUUCUACGCCUCCUCAGAGCGAGGCUAGCGAUUCUGAAGACCACACUUUAGAUAUCUCGAAUAUGGAACCUCUACCUUCGGAUGUUUUGAAUGAAACUACGCUUCACCAAAAGAUCUACGAAAGAUACACGGUGGAACUGACUGAUUUACAGAUUCUAGUUGGAAAAGUAAAAGACAACUGGCGGUACGCUCAUAACAAGGGAAGUUCAACGCUGCACGUUUUAGACAGAUUCAACAUAUCGGUACAAGUAGAAAGGAGGGUGAUACAUACUGUCGAUCCUUUAUAUCCAAGCUUGACAUUCAACGCCAACCUUCCAAAGUUGGUAGCACAUCUGAACGAGUCUAAAGUUAACUCGGCAAGGAAGUUACUACACAUCAUCACAACAACAGGCCUACCGUCACCUUUUAAAAGUUCUGAAUCUCUGGAAGACUCUUUGUUCGAAUCGGGACAAGACGAAGAACCUUCAAUGAGCAUGGAUACGAGCUUGGAAUUGUCAAAGCUGCUCAUGGUGCAGUUUAUAGUCGAUCAUAUGUCGUUAGAAGUGCAGAGUAGAGGUAGAAGUGUAGCUGAACUUCAGGUGUCAGGGGUUAAAGUGGCUUUAAUGAGAAGAUCAAUCGAUAUGAGUGUCACACUCACUGUGCACAGUUUGUUGCUUGUAGAUGCACUACAGACUUUUGGGGCUGAUUUCGAGCUGUUGGUUGCUAGUCAUAAGCAUGUUGGAAUGGAUUCCAUGUCUGGAAGUUUAAGAGAUAGUGAACCGACAUCUCCGAUGUCACCAGCUAGUCCAGAUCCGAAUAUUUCUAGGCCUGUUCUAACCUCACCAAUGGCUCUAACUCAAGCGUUAACCUCUUUGACAGCUUCUCCAAUGAAUCUUGAUAACAAUUUGAGAACAACUACGGUCUUAGACGCUGAAGCACUCAUCACAAUUGAGGUUAUAAUAAUCAGUGGCCAGGAACCCAUGCAGAUUGCUAACGUACAGUUCAAUAAUUUGGACAUAAUUGCCAACCAAGAAACACUGGUAGAACUGGUGGGAUUUGCAAGGAGAGUUUUUCCAAAGUCCCAAAAGUCCUCGAAUGUCAAACUUCCAACAGCUAUGCCAUCUAGUGUCAGAGCGUCAAAUGACUCCCUGCCUAGCAUCUUAGAGCCGACAAUUGGUAAAACUGAAUUAACCUUCGAUUUUCAUAGAUUGAAUGUUCUUCUACUGCGUGGCAUCAUGAAAGAUGGUAUUCUACAUGGAAAGAAAAUAUGUACUGCCACCAUGAGCGGAGCAAAGAUACAAGCUACAGUCAGUUCCAAGGUAGAGAUAGAAGGGUCUCUAGGAGGACUACAAGUGCUCGAUUUGACACCUGAAGGUCAGAUGCAUCAAAGGAUAGUUAGUGUAGGCAAGGACUUGCUCCAGGAAGAUCAAAUCCACCCUUUGUACGCAUCUGCUCUUGAUACAGAUAAGGAGAGAGCGUUUAGUUUCAAAGUUGUGCGAAGUUUGGAUUCCAAAGAUGAUAAAGACGUUGCCGAUAUAAAGAUCAGAAUGGCGUCUUUGUGGUAUACACACUCACCUCAUUUUGUAUGCGAGUUACAAUCCUGCGCUACUGAAUUCAAGCAAUACAUGUCUCACUUAGCCAGAUCGAUCAAAAUUGCUGCCACAGAUAUGGCUUUGGGUUUAGUUCAAGCAAGAGCUGAGGCUCUGGCUCAAUCACUUUACAUGAAUGCCAGAUUGUCUUCUUCCAUUUACGGAAGUGCUUUCUCACUGUCCGAAUGCUCUUCUCCGAGGAAAAGAAGAAGAAGCAGUUCCAUUGGGGCAUCCGGAUUCUCUUCUGCUAGAGAUACAAUCCCGCAAACACCCUACAGUCCGGAUGACACUGAUGACAUAGUCAUUGACAUCAAGUUAGAUAUCAUCUUGGACAGCCCUGUUGUUGUUCUUCCUAGAGGCCACAACAGCACCGAAGUGUUUAUAGCUCAUCUUGGUAGAAUAAAUGUGUUUAACAAGAACGUCAAAGAUAAUUCCUCGACCAAUGGAUCACACCAAGGGUAUUCUGAAUCUAGAACGGAGUUCUACGAAAUCGAAAUACGUGACAUGAACCUGUUUUCGUUGGAUACUAGCUCUAGGAGAUCGAAAGAACCAAGAAGAGAUCAAGCACCUAUGGUUCGGCCUGAAGUGCUAUACUCAUGUGAUACUUUAGCUAAACCAAUCUUACACGAUACUUUGGUGAAACUGAGCAUAGAAAGAGAAGUUACUAGAGGAGAUCUCAAUUAUAGCAACGAAAGUCUGUUACCUUUUGAUGAUGAUGAAUUGAGUGGUGAUAUGACAAAAAGUAACAUACAGAUCACAGGUUCUGUUGUAACGGCAUUGAAGGUUUCGUUGACGAGGAUGCAAUACGAGCAAGUUUUGGAUACGAUGCAGUGGUUAACUUCGAACCCGAAGAUCUCAGAAUCGGUUAUGAGGUCUUUGAAACCCCAGUCGGCUCUUGGUGAUAUAACAGAGGAAGAUACAGGAGUUACAACGCUCAAUAUGGAUCCCCACGUGAGAGCAAAACUGUUCCCCGCAAUGACAAAUGUGUCAAAAACGAAAAGUAUCACAUCUAGGGUGGCUAAUAUCAAAGUAUCAUUUGAACUACCGAUCUUUACUAUCGAACUCAGAGGCAACAUCCCAUCAACUGAGCAAGGUUUAAUCGAUGUGUCCUUCAGGGAUUUCGUGUUCUGUUACGAGAAAUCCCACAGAUAUGAAACCAACAUACAGGUUUCUUUAAGAUCCAUCUACAUGGAAGAUCUUCUGCAGCCUCAAGGUUCAAGACAACGCGCCAUGAUGAUAUCAUCUUCAGGAGGAGACCUUCCACCUAACGCUUCUUGUAUGUCUAGGUCCUGUCCGGACAUAACCUAUAACCAGUUCUAUCCUGCUCCUAUACAUGGGUCGCUACCUGAUCACCUUGAGACUUCAACCAUAUUUGGAAUGGCCAAUAACAAUAAACAUGGUAAUUUCAUGCCGCAGAGGAUGGAACAGAUGUAUCCUUCUACACCUCCUCCUUCUCCAACGCAGAGGAGGAAAUCAAGGAUGGAGAAGAAUCUAGUGUUGAUUUCCGUUCUUCUGGUGGAUAAGGAUGCACCAAAUUUCAAUUCGCUGUAUGAUUCGUUGAAUAUGACUGCUUCAGUCGAUUUCAACUGUUUGGACCUGGUAAUAAGUGUUGAGUCAUGGGUUGUUCUUAUAGAUUUCUUCAGUGCUUCACCUACAAGUUCUGCCAACGAUACUGACAAAGUAUCUGAAGUGACAGAUAAUGUUCUUCCAGAGAUUGUGGCCGAAAAUAUAGGAACUAACAUAACGAUAAGAUCGUUAACCAUGGUGCUAGUCAAGUCGGGAUCAGAUAUAGCCAAAGCCAACAUAUCGAAGGUUGAAAUUGGCAUAAAAACCAGCGGUGCCCAAAAAGAAGUUGAGGGUACUUUGGGGUCUAUGUCUUUGAUCGACUUGACCCCACAUGGUCAGCUAUAUAAAGAGAGGUUCACCACUUCGGGAUCCAAAGCUUUGAAGUUCAAGUAUACACGACAUACACCGGUGAGCACCAAAAACUAUGACGCUCACCUAGAGAUCGGCAUGUCCUCAGUGCUGUACGUCCACACGAAAAGAUUCGUUGCUGAACUGCAGGCUUUCUCCAAUCAUUUCACGCAGUUGCAAAGGGUUAUGGAAAGUAUUAGGGCAGCAACCAGUGGACAAAAGGUUCGAAACGAACCCUUGAAACUGUCUCUCAGUAUAUACGCUGGCUCUCCCAUCAUCCUAGUGCCUGUAAGUUCCAAAAGUUCCGACAUGUUGGUAGUCAAUUUGGGCCAGUUGUUGGUCAAGAAUCGCUUCAGGAUGUCAGGUGAUCAGAACACGAUCAGUGUGGCCUCUAAACAAUCGAAUAAGAGAACCAUUUUGGAUGUAAUGUCGGUGGAACUUCAAAAUAUGGAUUUGUUUAUGGGUCGUAGAGAGAAUGGUUCCAAGGCUCCGGUCCCUGACAGUUUUCAAUUGGGUACUGUCCGUGUGUUCAGGAAUGGACCAUCUCUUCUGACGAAGAAAUUUCAGGUCAAGUUUAGAGUUGAGAGGAAUCUGUUGAACUUCCAUCCGGAGUACAGAAUCGUGCCUGACAUGAGUAUCUAUGGGCAGUUAUCGACUUUAGACGCUACAAUAGAUUCAUCUCAGUAUCGUCUAUUGAAAGGCCUGUUCACGUUCAAUUUGGGAGAAGACACCGAGAGAAUUCUGCCAUCUGUAACAUCACCAAUAACCAGCAGUUCGUCUUCGGCAUCUGAUUCGUGGACUCUAUCAUCACUCAAAUUGGACCUACAGAACGUCACACUCAGGCUUAGAGAGAAUUCAGGGUCGCCACCCUUCACGUGUAUCAACUUCAUCAAGUCCCGACUCACAGUCGAGUCCUUCAACAAUUUGAGUCAAGACAUAGACCUGGUUUCUCAAGAGAUCUUGGUGAUGGACACCAGAUUCGACCACUCACCUGGUGGUCACCCACCCAACGUUUUCACCAACAUUCUCCAACCGGUUAAGAAGUCCAACCAGGUGGAAUUGGUCCAAGCCGAAAUACACAGCAGAAAGAGGGGAGACCACACUAAAUUCACGGUCCUGUUGAACAAUAUGAGACUGAUGGGUGUUUUUGAUUGGUGGGAAACCUUGCAGAAGUUCAUUUUUCAAAAUAUAGAGAAUGUCGACUCCAGUCCGGAACAUCAGAAGAUGCCUGUAACGAAUUGGAAGCCGGAACAGGGUACUUUUGAGGUUAAAUUGAAUAUAACCGAUUCUGAAUUGGUUGUCGUUGAAAAUACUGCUCAAUGGGAUACCAAUGCUGUGAUAUUGAAGAGUACAACUGUUAUAACCUAUAAACCGAAGAAUGUUCAAAAACCUUUGUCCUGCAACUUGAACCAUUGCGAGAUGUUCUCAUGUAUUUUGGGAAUGGAAGAUGAGACUGCCUUGUCAAUUAUUGAUCCUAUAACCUUAAAUAUAGAUAUAAAUGGUGAUAACAAACUUGAGGCGCAACUACAGUAUUUAACCGUCAGACUCUCUUACCAUGAUAUGAAAAUGUUUCUUCAAAUACUCAACUCACUUCCGAAGCAACUUUUGUCAGGUCAAAAAACUAAUGAAACUCUGAAUUACUCGAUAGAGAAUGUCAACAAGUUGGUCACUCUAGGCUUUAGCAGUGAAGAUUGUAUAACAGCUUUAGAAAAAAGUGCAAAUAAAUUGGAUGAAGCUGCCAUCUGGUUGACCAAGUAUGCAACACCAAAAAGCAACGUAGAAAAUUAUGGAGAUCUCAAAAUUGCCAUAGAUUGCAUCGAGGUUAAAGCGAAUUGUGUAUCAUUGUGCAUUAUCGAUGACUGCGGUGAUUCAGAUGUCCCAUUGCUUGAAUUUUCUCUGAAAGAUCUCUGCCUAACGCAAAAUCUAUUAGAAACAGACAAUACCGAGUUGCUUUAUAGGAAAGGUUCAUUAUCCUGUAUUUUAGCAAGCGAUUAUUACAACAGAGUUCUCUCUGGAUGGGAACCUGUGAUAGAACCUUGGAACUGCACUAUAAUUUGGCACAAAACCUUGUCAGCAGCUUUGGUUAAGAACAGGUUGAACGUUGAAGUUCGUUCCAAGGACAUUCUAAACGUCGAUGUAACCUCAACCUUGUUAGACCUCUAUAAGAAAGUCAAGGAGAGCUGGACGAAGGACUACUACAGUUUGAAGGAUAAAAAUGGGGAGAAUGGAGACAAUGAGUGCAAGCAGAUUUGUCAGUCUCCGACUUUCAAACGUAGAUCUCCUUUUGUACCUUUCGCUUUGAAGAACGAUACAGGAUCGGUUCUUCAUUUUUCUACAGUCAUCUCUGAGGUAGAUGACGUGGAAGCGACUCAGUCCGGGCAUCAGGAUGAUUCUGUUAUUACUGUGCCCCAAGGAGCCACUGUUCCGUUUUCUUUCAGUGGAAGAGAUAAAAUCAGACAUCAGGACUCUCACAAGAGAAAAAUGCAUCAGCUGAUAGUCAAGGUAGAUGGAUGGCAGCAGGCCACACCUCCAGUGUCAGUAGACAAAGUAGGAGUUUAUUUCAGGCAUGCUUUGAUUGAGGUUACAACAAGGUCAAAUAUUCAAGCAGAUAUCCCCCCAGCAAGGAUCAUUUUCGACAUCACACUAGAAGGUUCUGCAAGAAAAUUGAUCACCGUCAGAUCUGCAGUUCUGGCCAAAAACAAAUUGCCGGAAACUGUUGAGUUGAAAUUUGAGAGUCAAUAUUUGGGUUCUGGUUGGGUGCCCAGCAAGUCUGUAAAAAUAGAUUCCGGAAAAACCUUGGCUAUCCCACUUCAAUAUGCCCAUUCCGACAUUGAUGUCAGACCGGUUUGUAAUUCAGAGAAAUAUUCUUAUUGUUCGUCUUCAAUAUCUUGGAAACAGCCUAAUUCCGAGUCGGUGUACGAUUUGGCAACGUGCGUUUCCAAGAAGGGAACAAGUUACAGGUUUUGCUCGGAUAUUGUGAAGGAGAAGUUUGUCAUUGAGGGAAACUACAAAGGUGACCAACCAGCGCACCGCAUCACACUCUUGCCAACUGUAAAAAUAGUCAAUUUGCUUCCCAUCGAUCUAAUCUAUAGGAUUAAGGGUGAACAUGGACGUAUCGUUUCAGGGUCUUCAAACGCUUUAACAAGUGUUGAUCCAGAUGAGACUAUAGAAUUGAAUAUACUCGUUGAAAACUUUGUCUCCAGUACUUCUGUGAUUAUACCGGCUGCUUGUGCUACUGAUUUUGCAUGCCGUUUAAGACUGGAAGAUAAUUUGGAGAGGAAACUCUUCCUACAGGCUGUGAUUUCUUGCAAUAAAGGCGCUAAAAUCAAGAUAAGCAUUUCCGCGCCAUAUUGGAUUAUAAACAAGACUGGUCUGCCUUUGGUCUUUAGACAGGCAGGUACUAGCAGCUUGUCUGCUGGUCAAUUCGAAGAACACGAAUUCGCUAGAAUGUUACUACCCUUGCUGUUCAGUUUUUCUGAUCACGAUGCUAGUCCUACCAUUAGCGCAAGAGUUGGCAACCAUGUCAUAAGAGAUGGUACACCACAGUGGUGUUCCAACUUUCACGUUCAAAAAGGUAUCCAGGUCCGUAAACUUCACGUUACCAUGACUGAUGGUAGAUCUGACACUGUGUUCGUGGUCGGUAUAGAGGUAAGACCUGGUAAGGGUAGGUACAGGUCUACCAACAUAGUUACCAUUUCUCCGAGGUACCAAGUGCACAAUAGAAGUUCGUAUCAACUGGUGUUUUGUCAGAGUUAUUUCACGUUGACGUUGAGCAACCCAAAUCAGCUAAAGACCUCACUCAGAUUGAUGCCAAAUUCUCAUAUGCCUUUUCAUUGGCCUAGGUUGGAUCAAGAUCAAUAUCUGUGUGUUUCUAUCAAGGAUAUACCAGAUUGUUGUUGGUCAGGGGGUUUAAAAAUUGAUGCGAAUAGUUCCACACACGUUAACAUAAGAGACACUAAUGGCCGUGUGUACUUCCUCCGACUAGAAAUAGUGCUUCAAGGGGCCACUUUCUUCAUAGUAUUCACCGAUGCAGAUACAAUGCCUCCACCCAUUCGAGUGGAUAACUUUUCGGAGGUGUCUCUAACGUUCGCUCAGUCAUCCUGCAAAGAGGUACAUCACAGUACAGCUAGGGCACAUUCAAGUAUACCCUACGCUUGGGAUCAGCCCACUCAACCACCUCUCUUGAAUGUUGUGGCCCCCGGUGGUAUCAGCAAGACUUACGAUAUGAGUUCCUUAGGUCCCUCGGCUGGUCUGACAUACGAAAACUUCAUCUAUAUAGCUUUUGUUGGAACGUUUAAAAGUGAUAUACUUAAUCCUUUGGAUGUGGAGAAUCAGGAGCUUGUCCUAGAUGUGAUAAAUGGAACUCAGGUGGUGCUUGCCCGAAAGAGGCAAGGUUUGAGGUCGCAAUUGUGGAGAAUGACAUCAACCGGACAUAUACAACACGAGGGAAGUAGCCCACCUUAUCACCCUAACCAACCGAGGAGCGAACAUGUGUUGGUUUUGGAUAUCGAAGGUAACGCACCGCAACCAAGUUGCUAUUCGAGGCUGAUGCUCAGGAGGAUGGACCCCAGAAGGGUUUCGACCCAACUUUGGAGGUUCACAGAUGACGGUCUGUUAUGUUGUGCCCAUUACAAUAUGUGCGUUCAAGCACAAGAUGGAUUUUACGGUCUCAGACAAGGAUGUAAUAGCAAUUCCCUCGGAGUUUGGCAAUCGUGGAACACAGUUGUGCUAGGUUUACCUUCGACCAACUCCAGGAAACUAACAGACGCAGGAGUACCAAUAGAACAAGCUGUAGGCAGGCAAAGACUAAGACCUGGUUCGGGAUUUCUAUCAGUAGAUAUAAUCAUGGAUGGACCAACCAGGGUCUUGGUUAUAAAGGACAUGAAGGAGAAAAAGUUGUACGCGACCUCUGACGACAGAGAGUGGGGCAGCAUCGCCUUGCAACAAAGACCCCAUUUGGAUUUUACCAGAGAAGAAGAAACAGAUAAGAGGGAGUUCCAGUUUAUUGUGCAUCUACAAGGACUCGGAGUCAGUUUGGUGUGCUGUAAGACACCCGAAGAGUUGCUGUACGGUCUGUUCUCGAAUAUAGUGGCUGAGACUGUCAUUACUCCAAAGUCGAAGAUGUUUUGUGUCAGCGUUGGUAAUGUACAAGUCGACAAUCAGCUGUUCGAAACUACAACUCCAGUUGUUCUUUAUGUCACACCACCGAACAUAAGAAACAGCGAUGAAGGAGAAAACGACUUACCAGCAAUAAUGUUCCAAGCUGAGAUGCAGACGAAAGUCAAUGAAAACGCAGUGAUAUUUAAGUAUUUGAUAUUACGUUUGAAGAAUAUUUCUGUGAUUUUGGAAGAGUUACUGCUGCUGAAGUUCUGUUCCUUUGCCGGUUUCCACUCUCAAGAAGAAGAACUGAUAAACAAAGACGAGAACGACUUUGAAACUCAGCGGUUGCUGACUAAAGUAUCGACUUCACACUCAAAACGGUACUAUUUCGGGGUAUUGCAAUUGGUUCCUAGUGAAAUAAGGCUCAGUGUCAAGACUGCAAGCAAACUCAGCGGUCAUCUGCAGAGAAUCAAGAAAAAACUUGGCUUAACCUUGAUCAAGUUCGAAGAUGCAGCCAUCGAUCUGCAGGCUUUCGACAGAAAGCAUCCAUUCGAGACCUGGCAGUUUCUUUUAGAUUCAAUCAAAAAGCAUUUCAGAGAUGAAUUGAUGUGGCAAGCCGGAAUCAUCUUGGGUUCGGUGGACUUCCUAGGUAACCCCCUAGGAUUUGUGAACGACGUCUCCGAAGGCCUGUCCGGGUUUUUCCUAGACGGCAACGUAUCCGCCUUGGUGAAAAACGUCACCCACGGCAUCUCCAAUUCCGCUGCCAAGGUCACAGAGUCGCUUUCCGACGGUUUGGGCAAGGUGGCCAUGGACGAUCGACACGAGGAGACCAGACAGAGGUACAAGAGGGUGGAGACUGGCCGCAGUAAAGACCACCUCAUAGCAGGAUUCAAGGGGUUGGGCUUCGGGCUGUUGGGCGGGGCCACCAGCAUCUUCAAGCAAGUGUACGAGGGCGUGGCCAAUGACGGCAUACAAGGCGCGUUCUCUGGAAUGGGAAAAGGAUUGGUGGGCGCUCUGACCAAGCCCGUUGUGGGCGUUUUGGAUUUCGCUUCUGAGACGGCGAGGGCUGUGAGGGACUCCAGCAGUAGUAAAAUUAUAUUUGAGAGGCACAGGCUUCCUAGGUGUGUACAUGGAUAUGGUGGGCUAUUACCAAGGUAUAAUCUGAAGCAGAGUCAAGGGCAGCAGUAUCUGUACACGGUCAACGAUAAAAAUUAUAAUGAACAGCUGAUAGCCUUCGAGGUUUUGGGAAGUGCAUCAGAAGAUCUUCAGUGUAUAGUUUCCAAUGAACGGAUAAGGAUAGUUGCAAACAAUCAAGAUCUUACUCCAAUAAUAGAUUGCCACCUUAUAAAUUUGAUCAGCUGCAAGUUGUAUGAAGAGAAAGAACACUCAGAAAACAGGUAUUAUAUCGAGAUAGUCCAACAUGUGGCUGGAACCAGCAGUUCGAUACUAGUUAAUCCAGAUCCAGUCAAAAAACCUCGUGUGAGAUGUCGCAGUAUGGAAUUAGCAAGGACAGUGGCACAACAGAUAAAUUACGCAAAGAGGCUCUACACCGAAUAUCUCUAUACUUUGAAUACGGAUAAUACAGCUAUCGAAGACUGAAUCAACCAAAAUAAUUUACUUUACUUGAAUAUUACAGUAUUUGAAAUGUAGCAAUCGAUGCCAAAGUGGUGUAUUUAAGGCUUAUUUAUGAGGCAACCAAUUCGUGUUGAAUCAAGUAUAUUAUUUCAUGAAGAAAAAUAAUAAAAAUAUGUGAUAUCCCUGAGGACUUAUCAUAUGUAUUCAAUUAUCAAAUGUAUAGAAAAUUUUGUGGCAAUCAUAUUUUGGGCAUUUCAUUCAUUGUUAUUUUUUUCGCAAUAUGAAAGUUGCGAUUGCAUUUCGUUGUUUACUUUCCAGUUGUUUUUUUUUUGGAAA